AAUCGAUUGUACGGUCAUACUAAACCAGCACGCCAAAAAAACUCAGAAUUUUCUUUCUUUUUAAAAUUUUCUUCCAGUCGCAUUGCAAAUUUUUCCCAAGUCAUAUUGAAAAGUGUAAAGUGCUUAUCAGCUGGCCAAGCGCUAAGAGCAGCGGAAGCGGUAGCGAAAACGCAUGUCGCUGCCUACCGAGGACGCCGAUUUGUCCACCAGAUCCGCACACGAAUCCGCAUUCCGAGUGGAAAGCAAUGGGUCGCCAGUCCGAGUAGUCGGUUCGCCAGCAGGCCAGCGAAUUCCGGCGUCGCCAGCAGCACAUCCAACCGAGAUUCAACGCGUCUCUCAUGCGGACUCACGUUGCAGCACGACCCCAAGUCGGGGCAACUCGUUGGUAAGACAGAACAGAUCGGAAGAAGCAGCAGCCGUUGCCGCAGCGGCACAGCUCCCUUGGCAGGAGAAUCAAGGACACACGCUAUUGUCGCCAUCGCGGGGCAAUUCGCUUGGACCGCACUUGUUUCCAGCUGAACCGGCAUCCGCCACUUCGACAACCAAUGUGUACUCCUCGCCUUCAGGGGAUUCACGAUUUGCGUUCCCGAACCAGAACUACUCGCCGCUGCUGCCGCGGUGUGUCGCAGUUCCAAAUCAGCAUUACUCUCCAGCUGGAUCGCCUUUACACCGUCUCCAGGAGCUGCAAAACUGUCAACUGACGGAUUCGCCGCUUAGACUGCGUUUCCCCUCCCCCUUGCUAGGCAACUCUGACGGGCCACUGUUCACGCCAAACCAACUAACGCCCAACUCCAAUCGUAGAGCUGAUUUACAGAUUGAGUUUGAGCAAAACCACCAGCUCACAUAUCCCAUACAGCAGGUCAGCCCGCAGCGAGCAUCGGCCAACCAGCAACAAAACAUUCAGCUCGUAUCGGAACUCCAGCCGCUACACUACCAGGUCCAUGAACACCCGAUUGUAACCCAGAUCCAGGAGGAAACCCACCAGGUUGUCCCCGAAAUCCAAAUAAAAGAUAUCCAAGACGAGCAAACUUAUACUCAUGUUCAGAAACAAAACAACAACGAGUCUGAUAUUCAGGAGCUGGAUCAGAAACUUGAAUGUGUAGUCCCAGGACAAAAUCACCCGAUUGUAACUAAGGCUCAGGAGCAAAAUGAUCAGACUAUAACCGAGAUUCAGGAGGAAAACCAGAUUCCUGUUGAAACUGAUAUACAGGUACAAAGUUCUCAGAUUCUAACCGAGAUCCAGGAGCAAAAUCAUCAGACUAUAACAGAGAUCCAGGAGGAAAGCCCAAUUGUCUUUGAAAUCCAAGAGAAAUAUCUCCCGUUUGCAGCUGAAAUUCAGGAGACAGACCAACAGACUGAAACCGAAAUCCCAAAAGAAAGUUUUCAGCUAGCAUCUCCGGUUGUAACUGAUAUACAGGUAGAAAGUCAUCAGAUUGUAACCGUGAUCCAGGAUGAAAAUCUAAACUUCGCAACUGAUAAUCAGGAGCAAGAUUUCCAGACUAUACCCGAAAUUCAGGAGAAAAAACAACAGAUUGUAAGCGAAUUCGGUCAGGAACACGUCCAGCAAACAGCUGAAAUCCGAACGGAAAGUCUUCAGUUCGCAUCUGAAAUCGAGGAGCAAGGUCUGCAGAUUGUUACAGAGAUUCAGCAACAAAAUCAUGAAAAUGUAACCGAGGUACAGGAGGAAAGUUUCCAGUUUACGCCUGAUACACAGAACCCAGAUCAGCCGACUGUAUUUAUUGAAAUCCAGGAGGAAAAUCCGCAGUUCGCAUUUGGUAAUCACGAGCAAGAAGCGCAGGCUAUAACCGGAAAUAAAGAGGAAUACCACAAGUUUUCGCAGGAAAAUCUCCAGUUUGUAACUGACACACAGGAGCACGUCCAGCAGACAACAACCGAGUUCCAGCAGGAGAAUUUCCAGCUUACCACUUAUACCCAGGAGCAAAGCGAGCUUCUCACACCGCAAGACCAACAGGAGGAACAACUGGAAGAGCCACAAGACCCGCUUGCUAUUGAGAUCCAAAAGCAAAGUUCGCUGCUUGCAUCCGAAUUUGAAGAGUACAACCGACGGCUAGCGGCAUCUGGGUUUCAGGAGGAGGACCAAGAGGAUUAUUCUGAGAUCGAGGAUCAACAAUCUGAGGAGGAGGCGCAGUACGACGAGAACUUUGCUGGUGAAUCCUUUGGAGAUCAAUUGGAAGUAUCAUCGGAAAACAGUUCUGAGGUCGAACCGGUGGACGAGAUAUACGAGGUCCAACGGGAGGGAGAAGUGGCUUAUCAAACAGGUCCUACUGAAGGCCGCCAGUAUCAGUACUUUGGUUUUGAACGCGAGGUGCCAUUCCCUCCUCCUGAGGAUCGACCAUCACCUACUCCAGAAGAUAUAUCAGACUCCGCUUCACCUGGGCAUGGCGAGCACCUAGAUUCGGGCAAUCCCAGCAUCGAGUGUAUUCGCAAAACCUUCAGACUCAUUCGCGAUAUCUCCGAUAGUCUGAUUGCCGAUCCAGAGCAACCCCAAGCCGAAACCCACCGCCUGGCCAUUUUCCUUCUGCGCCAGAAGCUGGCCGAUGUAUGCCAAAAGGUUCUAAGCGAAGCUAUACGCGGUCAGGCCACCGAGCAGAGCAUCUCCCUGCUCAGAGAGAUCUUCGUGUGCGACGAGCAAACUAAGCCAGCGCAGCAGCUAUCAGGUCGACGCUCCACGAAGCCAAGCAUCAGCCAGCAAGACAUUUCAAUGGGCUUAGAAAUAUUAAAAAGAAUCCGUGACUUGUUAUCCGGUUGGUAUACUUCCAAAGACGGUGAAUCUGACACCGGCGAGAGCGGAACGGGAUUCGAGGCUCGAAACGGAAAAGGUCGUGGGUCCGACCGCCAGCCGGAAAACAGUUUUUCACCCCGGAAAAGACGCAACCAAGAAGAGAGCCCUCGUCUGAUCAAGUAUCGGCGUGUGGACAACAGCUUUCCCCGCUACAUAACGAAUGAGACUGCUGAGGACCUGAUUCCCAACAAGUCCAUGGCCGAGCGGGAUCAGCCACAGAGCUCGAAGCGGCUCUCAAUAUUCAAUUCGCCGGUAUACACGCAGCACCGGGUGCGCAAUGAAGCCCCCUACAUACGCACCCCAUUUGACCUCUCAGACGAUGAGGAGCCGUCCCAGACAUUUGCCAACGCUGGGCCAUCAGCCAGGCCCCUGACUUACUCGGAUGCGGUGCGUCUAGGUCAGAAUGGCUUCGGCGAGUCCCGUGUAAAUGGGCACUCCAACCAUACGAUGCGCAGAGCACCAGCUCAGGUGGAGAAAAGCAUUCUGACCCACGAAAUGGAGCGCAUGGAGCAUGAGCAGUAUAUCAACCUUAUCCAUACCGUGGCCCACAGUAGUUCCGUGAGCAGUCGCUUAGUCAAGCCCGGAGCCCCGCCGCCGCUUCAGCGGAUUGAUUCCCAGGCGGCAACCUGGAGCUCCGUACUGCGUGGCAACCAAUCUCAUGUAUCGAAGUCGCCGUCACUAAGCCAUGCUAACCGUGAGCGUACAGAGUACGCCAAAUUGAUUGACCGUAAGGCGGAGCAGGAGAACAGGACUCCGGUAUCGCCGCAGCUAUUGCGAAGCCCUAGCAAUAGCGCCGCCAGCCAUGCAUCCACUAUUUCCAGCAGCGGAUCCUCCUCCGGAAGUUGCUCCUGUUCAACUUGCUCGUCUUCUGAUUCUGAUGCUCAGACCACUUCCGUUACUGAUGGCUCGGAGGACAAGAAAGCCAACGAAGCCAAGAAGACUGUCGCAUCACAGCCGUUAAACGCCAAACCCACCCGGCUCACCAAGACAGAUUCCUUGCACCGUCGUUUCGCCAGUUGCGUCUACCUUAAGGAUGACUUCGCGGAGCAAUUUAAAGCAAGAGCGGCGCGACGUCAAGAGGAAUCCAAACAUCUUCUUGGACUAGCUGAACAGCAGGCUAAUCAAAGCCGAGAUGAACGCCGUGCCUAUGAACUGAAACUGCGGGAAAACAUAUUCCAAUAUCGCAUACCCCACAAACCCAUUUUUGUCAUCGGACCACUGGACAGCGCAGUCGAGAAGAAGGUGACCAAGCUCAUUCCGCUAACAAAGGAGCUUGACGAUCGCUUUUACGACAUGACGGACAAGGAAAAAUCAGUGGAACUUAUUUUUAAAUUCAACUUACACAUAACUAGCGAAGACAUACGCACUUUUGUUGAUGGAGAAUGGCUUAACGACGAGGUCAUCAAUUUCUACAUGUCCUUGCUGACAGAACGCUCGGAGAAGCGAGCUGGCGAACUGCCCGCCACUUACGCCAUGAACACAUUCUUCGUGCCCCGCCUCCUGCAGGCUGGGCAUGCUGGCGUUAAGCGCUGGACUCGCAAAGUGGACUUGUUCAGCAAGGACAUAAUCCCGGUACCAGUGCACUGCAACGGAGUCCACUGGUGCAUGGCCAUCAUUCACUUGCGCAACAAGACCAUCCGUUAUUAUGACUCCAUGGGAAAGCCGAACCAGCCAGUCCUGGACGCUCUAGAGAAAUAUCUGCGCGAGGAGUCACUAGAUAAGCGCAAGCAGCCGUUUGACACCAGCGGUUUCGUGAUUGAGAGCGUGCAGAAUAUACCACAGCAAUUGAAUGGUAGCGAUUGCGGCGUCUUCAGCUGCAUGUUUGCCGAGUAUAUAACGCGUGAUGUACCGAUAACCUUCUCCCAGUCGGAAAUGCUUUACUUCCGCAAGAAGAUGGCUCUGGAGAUCGCCGACGGAGAGUUGUGGCAGUAAAGGCGUCCAAACACACUGCGACUCAUUCAAGUUUAGAAGAAAGGGGGACUCCAGUUCUUUAUUUAUUAUUAUAAAUCUAACAGAGACACUCCAAACAUAAAUUCGCAACAAUUGUUUAGCCAUCCAACGAUCUCGGUUACUCGAUAGAAUCGAGAUGGCUGAAACAUGUGCUGGUGCAUAAACUCGUUCUCACAUUCAUAUGUAACAGAGAAACUAGUUUUUCAAUAAAAUGCUACCAAGUAAAAGCAAAGCGAA